UUUUAAACGUGAAAAUCGCUUCAAAAAUAACAAAAUGCAUAAUUUCUUAAAGUUGUAACCUGAAGAAUUUGCUAUGAAAAAAAUACUAAACGAAAUAAUGGAGAAAAACUAUAAGUAAACUCGUGUCCUACGGGCUACAACAAAGCAGAAUUUCUGUGUAUUAAAAACAAAACAUUUAGCAAUAUUUAAGAGCCUGUUCACUUCCACCACCAUUGCUGCUAGAAGGUCAAGGUGAAGCAUUUGAGAAAAUUUGCAAGAAAAUCAGCGCAUACAAAACAGUGGUGCACCAGUUUAAAAUUUCCUUCAGUGAUAGCACAGAACAACGAUUUUGCUGAAUUUCUAAAAGUCGCUAAACUACGGAUGCGUUUAAGAAGCAUGCAUUCUUUAAAACGGCUGGUGUCUAUUAAAGCACCGAUAAUAUUAUAUAUUUUCAUUGCAUCUUUGUCCUUAUGCGACGCCACCCACGUGGUGAACGUAUUCUACACCAACUACUUCUGUGAAUCUGCGCCGGUUGCGACAUGUUUUAGAAUCGACUGUGCAUUAUUGAAGCCGAUGAACAAAGAUAAAACGCCACAAACAAAUCUGUCAACAGGAUUAUUCGCGAAUUUGCCAAAUUUGGAAGAAUUGCACAUCAGCUGUGGUUUGGAAACCCUGCCCAUGGAUCUGUUUUUCAACUCAACUAAAAUUACUAGCCUUAACAUGAACAAGAAUCUGCUGACAACAUUCCCGAAAAACUUGCUCAACGAUCAACAACAGCUCCUCAGUCUUGACCUGUCAAACAAUCGUUUGCAAUCACUACCGGACACACUCUUCCAAAACACAAAAAAUCUGCGCGUGCUGAAAUUAUCACACAAUCAACUCGUCGAAAUAUCAAGUGAGCUAUUCAGCCCAUUAGCCAAUCUCGAGCAUCUGCAUCUGGACAACAAUAACUUGGUUAACAUCAGCUUCAACGCUUUUCGUGACACGGCCAACUUGAAAUUUCUCAGUUUAGAAAAUAACCAAAUCGAUCUCGCAAACACCAAUGGCACCAUUGAUAACAUGACCUCGCCAUUCCAGUUCCUACAUAAAAUUGAAGAACUCAACCUGCGCAAUAAUUCGAUCAAGUACCUACACAGAGACUGGAAGACAAAACUGAUGGAAAUGAAAAAACUCGAUCUCAGCUAUAACAACAUUCGUGCGUUGAAUGUUAAUAACAUAUUCCUUUUUUUCAUAAGUAAAAGUUUGGCUGAAGUCAACCUCACACAUAAUCUCAUAGCGGAAAUUGAUUUUGAUGGCAUCGACGAUAUGGGGUACUUCCUCAGCCACUCACCUCCACUUCGUAUUCAUCUCGACGACAAUCCACUUACCUGCAAUUGCGUGCUGGAACCCUUUUUAAAAUUUGUAUUAGGCGAAGUAAAAUAUGAACUGCGAAAGAAUUUAAUAAUAUCUGCGAAUAAAUUGAUAUGUUCAGGCCCGCCACUACUAAGAGGGAAAAAAGUAAGCGACGUCAGAUAUGAGGAGCUAGGUUGCCCAGUGGAGAACCAAUAUCGUCAGGGCGAAGCGAAAUAUAUAAUACCUUUCUGCGUUUUAAGUCGUCUUUUGAACGAACUUUAUAUGUCUUUUAAAUGUUUCUGUAAACAUGUAAGGAGAUCUAGAGACGACCCUAUAAUAGUGGCGGAAGAACCUCUUAUACCUCGUUUAGAACGACCCCCUCGCCUCAGACAUAUAGGUGAAAGAUAAAUGAGAUAAAAGGACAUGACAAGUAUCUCAUCUGGAACUGAAUGGAUUGCACUCCCAGAAUUUUUCUGAAGAUUUUGAAUAAAAAGCUGAAAAU